AUGUUUCCUCCAAGACUGGAGUUAAACUUGCAGGCACUGCGGGACAAUGAGGGCGACCGCAUCUCCUUGGCCUCAGACCUGGACUCGGAUGACCUGGAGGAAAUCGAGGAGAGAGAGAAAGAACACGUAGUCAGGGUGUCCUUCAGUGUGGAGCAGGAGGAGAAGGAAGGAGAAGGGAAUGAACUGCUGGUGGAGCUGGAGAGAAAGGAGGAGAAGAGAGAUCGUGAAACCAGCCUCUGGUUCAGCAAGGAUAUCUUCUCCGAGUUGGACCUGGAGGCUGACGCAGAGUCCGAAAUCCGCCAGACCCAGAGGCUGCAGGACCGGGAGCCCGGCGGAAAAGGCAGAAAGAGGAAGGCCCCGGAGGAGCCUGCCCCUGCCGAACAGGAACAGGAACAGAAGGGGAAAUGGCGGGGCCAUCCCAGGAAGCGGAGCAGGUUGCCGGGGAACAGGAGAGCGACAACGAUUCUGACGAUGACAGCAGCAGUAGCGAUGAUGAGAGGUUUACCGGCUCUGAUGACGUCACAGAGGUGCCGGAGUGGUUCGUGGAUGAUGAGAAGAAGCACAGACGGAAGCCUGUGCCCGUUACCAAGGAGAUGGUGGAGGAGUACAAGCAGCACUGGAGAGAGAUCAAUGCCCGGCCAAUCAAGAGGGUGGCUGAGGCCAAGGCCUGCAAGAAGAGAAGGAUGUUCCCUAGGCUACGGGAGUGCCCAGGUCUGGUGCUGCGAAUGUGGAUGCCGAGACUGGAGGAUUGCGGGUACCCACAAUGCCGCACGGACUCUGCUUGGCAUCUACCGUCAUGCUGAAUGA